AUGCUCGUAGAUGCCCGAGCUCACGAUGCUCGUGGUAACGAUGCUCGUGGGAACGAUGCCCGAGCUCACGAUGCUCGUGGUAACGAUGCCCGUGGGAACGAUGCUCGUGGGAACGAUGCUCGUGGGAACGAUGCUCGUGGGAACGAUGCUCGUGGGAACGAUGCUCGUGGGAACAAUGCUCGUGGUCACGAUGCUCGUGAUCACGAGGCUCGUGGGAACGAGGCUCGUGGGGACGAGGCCCCUGGGAACGAGGCCCCUGGGAACGAGGCCCCUGGGAACGAGGCCCCUGGGAACGAGGCCCCUGGGAACGAGGCCCCUGGGAACGAGGCCCCUGGGAACGAGGCCCCUGGGAACGAGGCCCCUGGGAACGAGGCCCCUGGGAACGAGGCCCCUGGGAACGAGGCCCCUGGGAACGAGGCCCCUGGGAACGAGGCCCCUGGGAACGAGGCCCCUGGGAACGAGGCCCCUGGGAACGAGGCCCCUGGGAACGAGGCCCCUGGGAACGAGGCCCCUGGGAACGAGGCCCCUGGGAACGAGGCCCCUGGGAACGAGGCCCCUGGGAACGAGGCCCCUGGGAACGAGGCCCCUGGGAACGAGGCCCCUGGGAACGAGGCCCCUGGGAACGAGGCCCCUGGGAACGAGGCCCCUGGGAACGAGGCCCCUGGGAACGAGGCCCCUGGGAACGAGGCCCCUGGGAACGAGGCCCCUGGGAACGAGGCCCCUGGGAACGAGGCCCGUGGGAACGAGGCCCGUGGGAACGAGGCCCGUGGGAACGAGGCCCGUGGGAACGAGGCCCGUGGGAACGAGGCCCGUGGGAACGAGGCCCGUGGGAACGAGGCCUGUGGGAACGAGGCCCCUGGGAACGAGGCCCCUGGGAACGAGGCCCCUGGGAACGAGGCCCCUGGGAACGAGGCCCCUGGGAACGAGGCCCCUGGGAACGAGGCCCCUGGGAACGAGGCCCCUGGGAACGAGGCCCCUGGGAACGAGGCCCCUGGGAACGAGGCCCCUGGGAACGAGGCUCGUGGGAACGAGGCUCGUGGGAACGAGGCCCCUGGGAACGAGGCCCCUGGGAACGAGGCCCCUGGGAACGAGGCCUGUGGGAACGAGGCCCCUGGGAACGAGGCCCCUGGGAACGAGGCCCCUGGGAACGAGGCCCCUGGGAACGAGGCCCCUGGGAACGAGGCCCCUGGGAACGAGGCCCCUGGGAACGAGGCCCCUGGGAACGAGGCCCCUGGGAACGAGGCCCCUGGGAACGAGGCCCCUGGGAACGAGGCCCGUGGGAACGAGGCCCGUGGGAACGAGGCCCGUGGGAACAAGGCCCGUGGGAACGAGGCCCCUGGGAACGAGGCCCCUGGGAACGAGGCCCCUGGGAACGAGGCCCCUGGGAACGAGGCCCCUGGGAACGAGGCCCCUGGGAACGAGGCCCCUGGGAACGAGGCCCCUGGGAACGAGGCCCCUGGGAACGAGGCCCCUGGGAACGAGGCCCCUGGGAACGAGGCCCCUGGGAACGAGGCCCCUGGGAACGAGGCCCCUGGGAACGAGGCCCCUGGGAACGAGGCCCCUGGGAACGAGGCCCCUGGGAACGAGGCCCCUGGGAACGAGGCCCCUGGGAACGAGGCCCCUGGGAACGAGGCCCCUGGGAACGAGGCCCCUGGGAACGAGGCUCGUGGGAACGAGGCACGUGGGAACGAGGCUCGUGUGAACGAGGCUCGUGGGAACGAGGCUCGUGGGAACGAGGCCCGUGGGAACGAGGCUCGUGGGAACGAGGCCCCUGGGAACGAGGCCCCUGGGAACGAGGCCCCUGGGAACGAGGCCCCUGGGAACGAGGCCCCUGGGAACGAGGCCCCUGGGAACGAGGCCCCUGGGAACGAGGCCCCUGGGAACGAGGCCCCUGGGAACGAGGCCCUUGGGAAAGAGGCCCCUGGGAACGAGGCCCCUGGGAACGAGGCCCCUGGGAACGAGGCCCCUGGGAACGAGGCCCCUGGGAACGAGGCCCCUGGGAACGAGGCCCCUGGGAACGAGGCCCCUGGGAACGAGGCCCCUGGGAACGAGGCCCCUGGGAACGAGGCCCCUGGGAACGAGGCCCCUGGGAACGAGGCCCCUGGGAACGAGGCCCCUGGGAACGAGGCCCCUGGGAACGAGGCCCCUGGGAACGAGGCCCCUGGGAACGAGGCCCCUGGGAACGAGGCCCCUGGGAACGAGGCCCCUGGGAACGAGGCCCCUGGGAACGAGGCCCCUGGGAACGAGGCCCCUGGGAACGAGGCCCCUGGGAACGAGGCCCCUGGGAACGAGGCCCCUGGGAACGAGGCCCCUGGGAACGAGGCCCCUGGGAACGAGGCCCCUGGGAACGAGGCCCCUGGGAACGAGGCCCCUGGGAACGAGGCCCCUGGGAACGAGGCCCCUGGGAACGAGGCCCCUGGGAACGAGGCCCGUGGGAACGAGGCCCGUGGGAACGAGGCCCGUGGGAACGAGGCCCCUGUGAACGAGGCCCCUGUGAACGAGGCUCGUGGGAACGAGGCUCGUGGGAACGAGGCCCCUGGGAACGAGGCCCCUGGGAACGAGGCCCCUGGGAACGAUUCCUGUGGGAAUGAGGCCCGUCGGAACGAGGCCCCUGGGAACGAGGCCCCUGGGAACGAGGCCCCUGGGAACGAGGCCCCUGGGAACGAGGCCCCUGGGAACGAGGCCCCUGGGAACGAGGCCCCUGGGAACGAGGCCCCUGGGAACGAGGCCCCUGGGAACGAGGCCCCUGGGAACGAGGCCCCUGGGAACGAGGCCCCUGGGAACGAGGCCCCUGGGAACGAGGCCCCUGGGAACGAGGCCCCUGGGAACGAGGCCCCUGGGAACGAGGCCCCUGGGAACGAGGCCCCUGGGAACGAGGCCCCUGGGAACGAGGCCCCUGGGAACGAGGCCCCUGGGAACGAGGCCCCUGGGGACGAGGCCCCUGGGAACAUGGCCCCUGGGAACGAGGCCCCUGGGAACGAGGCCCCUGGGAACGAGGCCCCUGGGAACGAGGCCCCUGGGAACGAGGCCCCUGGGAACGAGGCCCCUGGGAACGAGGCCCCUGGGAACGAGGCCCCUGGGAACGAGGCCCCUGGGAACGAGGCCCCUGGGAACGAGGCCCCUGGGAACGAGGCCCCUGGGAACGAGGCCCCUGGGAACGAGGCCCCUGGGAACGAGGCCCCUGGGAACGAGGCCCCUGGGAACGAGGCCCCUGGGAACGAGGCCCCUGGGAACGAGGCCCCUGGGAACGAGGCCCCUGGGAACGAGGCCCCUGGGAACGAGGCCCCUGGGAACGAGGCCCCUGGGAACGAGGCCCCUGGGAACGAGGCCCCUGGGAACGAGGCCCCUGGGAACGAGGCCCCUGGGAACGAGGCCCGUGGGAACGAGGCCCGUGGGAACGAGGCCCGUGGGAACGAGGCCCGUGGGAACGAGGCCCGUGGGAACGAGGCCCGUGGGAACGAGGCCCGUGGGAACGAGGCCCGUGGGAACGAGGCCCGUGGGAACGAGGCCCGUGGGAACGAGGCCCGUGGGAACGAGGCCCGUAAGAACGAGGCCCCUGGGAACGAGGCCCCUGGGAACGAGGCCCCUGGGAACGAGGCCCCUGGGAACGAGGCCCCUGGGAACGAGGCCCCUGGGAACGAGGCCCCUGGGAACGAGGCCCCUGGGAACGAGGCCCCUGGGAACGAGGCCCCUGGGAACGAGGCCCCUGGGAACGAGGCCCCUGGGAACGAGGCCCCUGGGAACGAGGCCCCUGGGAACGAGGCCCCUGGGAACGAGGCCCCUGGGAACGAGGCCCGUGGGAACGAGGCCCGUGGGAACGAGGCCCCUGUGAACGAGGCCCCUUGGAACGAGGCUUGUGGGAACGAGGCUCGUGGGAACGAGGCCCCUGGGAACGAGGCCCCUGGGAACGAGGCCCCUGGGAACGAUUCCUGUGGGAAUGAGGCCCGUCGGAACGAGGCCCCUGGGAACGAGGCCCCUGGGAACGAGGCCCCUGGGAACGAGGCCCCUGGGAACGAGGCCCCUGGGAACGAGGCCCCUGGGAACGAGGCCCCUGGGAACGAGGCCCCUGGGAACGAGGCCCCUGGGAACGAGGCCCCUGGGAACGAGGCCCCUGGGAACGAGGCCCCUGGGAACGAGGCCCCUGGGAACGAGGCCCCUGGGAACGAGGCCCCUGGGAACGAGGCCCCUGGGAACGAGGCCCCUGGGAACGAGGCCCCUGGGAACGAGGCCCCUGGGAACGAGGCCCCUGGGAACGAGGCCCCUGGGAACGAGGCCCCUGGGAACGAGGCCCCUGGGAACGAGGCCCCUGGGAACGAGGCCCCUGGGAACGAGGCCCCUGGGAACGAGGCCCCUGGGAACGAGGCCCCUGGGAACGAGGCCCCUGGGAACGAGGCCCCUGGGAACGAGGCCCCUGGGAACGAGGCCCCUGGGAACGAGGCCCCUGGGAACGAGGCCCCUGGGAACGAGGCCCCUGGGAACGAGGCCCCUGGGAACGAGGCCCCUGGGAACGAGGCCCCUGGGAACGAGGCCCCUGGGAACGAGGCCCCUGGGAACGAGGCCCCUGGGAACGAGGCCCCUGGGAACGAGGCCCCUGGGAACGAGGCCCCUGGGAACGAGGCCCCUGGGAACGAGGCCCCUGGGAACGAGGCCCCUGGGAACGAGGCCCCUGGGAACGAGGCCCCUGGGAACGAGGCCCCUGGGAACGAGGCCCCUGGGAACGAGGCCCCUGGGAACGAGGCCCCUGGGAACGAGGCCCCUGGGAACGAGGCCCCUGGGAACGAGGCCCCUGGGAACGAGGCCCCUGGGAACGAGGCCCCUGGGAACGAGGCCCCUGGGAACGAGGCCCCUGGGAACGAGGCCCCUGGGAACGAGGCCCCUGGGAACGAGGCCCCUGGGAACGAGGCCCCUGGGAACGAGGCCCCUGGGAACGAGGCCCCUGGGAACGAGGCCCCUGGGAACGAGGCCCCUGGGAACGAGGCCCCUGGGAACGAGGCCCCUGGGAACGAGGCCCCUGGGAACGAGGCCCCUGGGAACGAGGCCCCUGGGAACGAGGCCCCUGGGAACGAGGCCCCUGGGAACGAGGCCCCUGGGAACGAGGCCCCUGGGAACGAGGCCCCUGGGAACGAGGCCCCUGGGAACGAGGCCCCUGGGAACGAGGCCCCUGGGAACGAGGCCCCUGGGAACGAGGCCCCUGGGAACGAGGCCCCUGGGAACGAGGCCCCUGGGAACGAGGCCCCUGGGAACGAGGCCCCUGGGAACGAGGCCCCUGGGAACGAGGCCCCUGGGAACGAGGCCCCUGGGAACGAGGCCCCUGGGAACGAGGCCCCUGGGAACGAGGCCCCUGGGAACGAGGCCCCUGGGAACGAGGCCCCUGGGAACGAGGCCCCUGGGAACGAGGCCCCUGGGAACGAGGCCCCUGGGAACGAGGCCCCUGGGAACGAGGCCCCUGGGAACGAGGCCCCUGGGAACGAGGCCCCUGGGAACGAGGCCCCUGGGAACGAGGCCCCUGGGAACGAGGCCCCUGGGAACGAGGCCCCUGGGAACGAGGCCCCUGGGAACGAGGCUCGUGGGAACGAGGCCCCUGGGAACGAGGCCCCUGGGAACGAGGCCCCUGGGAACGAGGCCCCUGGGAACGAGGCCCCUGGGAACGAGGCCCCUGGGAACGAGGCCCCUGGGAACGAGGCCCCUGGGAACGAGGCCCCUGGGAACGAGGCCCCUGGGAACGAGGCCCCUGGGAACGAGGCCCCUGGGAACGAGGCCCCUGGGAACGAGGCCCCUGGGAACGAGGCCCCUGGGAACGAGGCCCCUGGGAACGAGGCCCCUGGGAACGAGGCCCCUGGGAACGAGGCCCCUGGGAACGAGGCCCCUGGGAACGAGGCCCCUGGGAACGAGGCCCCUGGGAACGAGGCCCCUGGGAACGAGGCCCCUGGGAACGAGGCCCCUGGGAACGAGGCCCCUGGGAACGAGGCCCCUGGGAACGAGGCCCCUGGGAACGAGGCCCCUGGGAACGAGGCCCCUGGGAACGAGGCCCCUGGGAACGAGGCCCCUGGGAACGAGGCCCCUGGGAACGAGGCCCCUGGGAACGAGGCCCCUGGGAACGAGGCCCCUGGGAACGAGGCCCCUGGGAACGAGGCCCCUGGGAACGAGGCCCCUGGGAACGAGGCCCCUGGGAACGAGGCCCCUGGGAACGAGGCCCCUGGGAACGAGGCCCCUGGGAACGAGGCCCCUGGGAACGAGGCCCCUGGGAACGAGGCCCCUGGGAACGAGGCCCCUGGGAACGAGGCCCCUGGGAACGAGGCCCCUGGGAACGAGGCCCCUGGGAACGAGGCCCCUGGGAACGAGGCCCCUGGGAACGAGGCCCCUGGGAACGAGGCCCCUGGGAACGAGGCCCCUGGGAACGAGGCCCCUGGGAACGAGGCCCCUGGGAACGAGGCCCCUGGGAACGAGGCCCCUGGGAACGAGGCCCCUGGGAACGAGGCUCGUGGGAACGAGGCUCGUGGGAACGAGGCUCGUGUCAACGAGGCUCGUGGGAACGAGGCUCGUGGGAACGAGGCCCGUGGGAACGAGGCUCGUGGGAACGAGGCCCCUGGGAACGAGGCCCCUGGGAACGAGGCCCCUGGGAACGAGGCCCCUGGGAACGAGGCCCCUGGGAACGAGGCCCCUGGGAACGAGGCCCCUGGGAACGAGGCCCCUGGGAACGAGGCCCCUGGGAACGAGGCCCCUGGGAACGAGGCCCCUGGGAACGAGGCCCCUGGGAACGAGGCCCCUGGGAACGAGGCCCCUGGGAACGAGGCCCGUGGGAACGAGGCUCGUGGGAACGAGGCCCCUGGGAACGAGGCCCCUGGGAACGAGGCCCCUGGGAACGAGGCCCCUGGGAACGAGGCCGCCCCUGGGAACGAGGCCCCUGGGAACGAGGCCCCUGGGAACGAGGCCCCUGGGAACGAGGCCCCUGGGAACGAGGCCCCUGGGAACGAGGCCCCUGGGAACGAGGCCCCUGGGAACGAGGCCCCUGGGAACGAGGCCCCUGGGAACGAGGCCCCUGGGAACGAGGCCCCUGGGAACGAGGCCCCUGGGAACGAGGCCCCUGGGAACGAGGCCCCUGGGAACGAGGCCCCUGGGAACGAGGCCCCUGGGAACGAGGCCCCUGGGAACGAGGCCCCUGGGAACGAGGCCCCUGGGAACGAGGCCCCUGGGAACGAGGCCCCUGGGAACGAGGCCCCUGGGAACGAGGCCCCUGGGAACGAGGCCCCUGGGAACGAGGCCCCUGGGAACGAGGCCCCUGGGAACGAGGCCCCUGGGAACGAGGCUCGUGGGAACGAGGCUCGUGGGAACGAGGCUCGUGUCAACGAGGCUCGUGGGAACGAGGCUCGUGGGAACGAGGCCCGCCCCUGGGAAAAGGCCCCUGGGAACGAGGCCCCUGGGAACGAGGCCCCUGGGAACGAGGCCCCUGGGAACGAGGCCCCUGGGAACGAGGCCCCUGGGAACGAGGCCCCUGGGAACGAGGCCCCUGGGAACGAGGCCCCUGGGAACGAGGCCCCUAGGGACGAGGCCCCUGGGAACGAGGCCCCUGGGAACGAGGCCCCUGGGAACGAGGCCCCUGGGAACGAGGCCCCUGGGAACGAGGCCCCUGGGAACGAGGCCCCUGGGAACGAGGCCCCUGGGAACGAGGCCCCUGGGAACGAGGCCCCUGGGAACGAGGCCCCUGGGAACGAGGCCCCUGGGAACGAGGCCCCUGGGAACGAGGCCCCUGGGAACGAGGCCCCUGGGAACGAGGCCCCUGGGAACGAGGCCCCUGGGAACGAGGCCCCUGGGAACGAGGCCCCUGGGAACGAGGCCCCUGGGAACGAGGCCCGUGGGAACGAGGCCCGUGGGAACGAGGCCCGUAGGAACGAGCCCCGUGGGAAGGAGGCCCGUGGGAACGAGGCGCGUGGGAACGAGGCCCCUGGGAACGAGGCCCCUGGGAACGAGGCCUGUGGGAACGAGGCCUGUGGGAACGAGGCCCCUGGGAACGAGGCCCCUGGGAACGAGGCCCCUGGGAACGAGGCCCCUGGGAACGAGGCCCCUGGGAACGAGGCCCCUGGGAACGAGGCCCCUGGGAACGAGGCCCCUGGGAACGAGGCCCCUGGGAACGAGGCCCCUGGGAACGAGGCCCCUGGGAACGAGGCCCCUGGGAACGAGGCCCCUGGGAACGAGGCCCCUGGGAACGAGGCCCCUGGGAACGAGGCCCCUGGGAACGAGGCCCCUGGGAACGAGGCCCCUGGGAACGAGGCCCCUGGGAACGAGGCCCCUGGGAACGAGGCCCCUGGGAACGAGGCCCCUGGGAACGAGGCCCCUGGGAACGAGGCCCCUGGGAACGAGGCCCCUGGGAACGAGGCCCCUGGGAACGAGGCCCCUGGGAACGAGGCCCCUGGGAACGAGGCCCCUGGGAACGAGGCCCCUGGGAACGAGGCCCGUGGGAACGAGGCCCGUGGUAACGAGGCCCCUAGGAAGGAGGCCCCUGGGAACGAGGCCCCUGGGAACGAGGCCCCUGGGAACGAGGCCCCUGGGAACGAGGCUCCUGGGAACGAGGCUCGUGGGAACGAGGCUCGUGUGAACGAGGCUCGUGGGAACGAGGCUCGUGGGAACGAGGCCCAUGGGAACGAGGCUCGUGGGAACGAGGCACGUGGGAACGAGGCCCCUGGGAACGAGGCCCCUGGGAACGAGGCCCCUGGGAACGAGGCCCCUGGGAACGAGGCCCCUGGGAACGAGGCCCCUGGGAACGAGGCCCCUGGGAACGAGGCCCCUGGGAACGAGGCCCCUGGGAACGAGGCCCCUGGGAACGAGGCCCUUGGGAAAGAGGCCCCUGGGAACGAGGCCCCUGGGAACGAGGCCCCUGGGAACGAGGCCCCUGGGAACGAGGCCCCUGGGAACGAGGCCCCUGGGAACGAGGCCCAUGGGAAUGAGGCCCCUGGGAACGAGGCCCCUGGGAACGAGGCCCCUGGGAACGAGGCCCCUGGGAACGAGGCCCCUGGGAACGAGGCCCCUGGGAACGAGGCCCCUGGGAACGAGGCCCCUGGGAACGAGGCCCCUGGGAACGAGGCCCCUGGGAACGAGGCCCCUGGGAACGAGGCCCCUGGGAACGAGGCCCCUGGGAACGAGGCCCCUGGGAACGAGGCCCCUGGGAACGAGGCCCCUGGGAACGAGGCCCCUGGGAACGAGGCCCCUGGGAACGAGGCCCCUGGGAACGAGGCCCCUGGGAACGAGGCCCCUGGGAACGAGGCCCCUGGGAACGAGGCCCCUGGGAACGAGGCCCCUGGGAACGAGGCCCCUGGGAACGAGGCCCCUGGGAACGAGGCCCCUGGGAACGAGGCCCCUGGGAACGAGGCCCCUGGGAACGAGGCCCCUGGGAACGAGGCCCGUGGGAACGAGGCCCCUGUGAACGAGGCCCCUUGGAACGAGGCUCGUGGGAACGAGGCUCGUGGGAACGAGGCCCGUUGGAACAAGGCCCCUGGGAACGAGGCCCCUGGGAACGAUUCCUGUGGGAAUGAGGCCCCUGGGAACGAGGCCCCUGGGAACGAGGCCCCUGGGAACGAGGCCCCUGGGAACGAGGCCCCUGGGAACGAGGCCCCUGGGAACGAGGCCCCUGGGAACGAGGCCCCUGGGAACGAGGCCCCUGGGAACGAGGCCCCUGGGAACGAGGCCCCUGGGAACGAGGCCCCUGGGAACGAGGCCCCUGGGAACGAGGCCCCUGGGAACGAGGCCCCUGGGAACGAGGCCCCUGGGAACGAGGCCCCUGGGAACGAGGCCCCUGGGAACGAGGCCCCUGGGAACGAGGCCCCUGGGAACGAGGCCCCUGGGAACGAGGCCCCUGGGAACGAGGCCCCUGGGAACGAGGCCCCUGGGAACGAGGCCCCUGGGAACGAGGCCCCUGCCCCUGGGAACGAGGCCCCUGGGAACGAGGCCCCUGGGAACGAGGCCCCUGGGAACGAGGCCCCUGGGAACGAGGCCCCUGGGAACGAGGCCCCUGGGAACGAGGCCCCUGGGAACGAGGCCCCUGGGAACGAGGCCCCUGGGAACGAGGCCCCUGGGAACGAGGCCCCUGGGAACGAGGCCCCUGGGAACGAGGCCCCUGGGAACGAGGCCCCUGGGAACGAGGCCCCUGGGAACGAGGCCCCUGGGAACGAGGCCCCUGGGAACGAGGCCCCUGGGAACGAGGCCCCUGGGAACGAGGCCCCUGGGAACGAGGCCCGUGGGAACGAGGCCCCUGUGAACGAGGCCCCUUGGAACGAGGCUCGUGGGAACGAGGCUCGUGGGAACGAGGCCCGUUGGAACAAGGCCCCUGGGAACGAGGCCCGUGGGAACGAUUCCUGUGGGAAUGAGGCCCCUGGGAACGAGGCCCCUGGGAACGAGGCCCCUGGGAACGAGGCCCCUGGGAACGAGGCCCCUGGGAACGAGGCCCCUGGGAACGAGGCCCCUGGGAACGAGGCCCCUGGGAACGAGGCCCCUGGGAACGAGGCCCCUGGGAACGAGGCCCCUGGGAACGAGGCCCCUGGGAACGAGGCCCCUGGGAACGAGGCCCCUGGGAACGAGGCCCCUGGGAACGAGGCCCCUGGGAACGAGGCCCCUGGGAACGAGGCCCCUGGGAACGAGGCCCCUGGGAACGAGGCCCCUGGGAACGAGGCCCCUGGGAACGAGGCCCCUGGGAACGAGGCCCCUGGGAACGAGGCCCCUGGGAACGAGGCUCGUGGGAACGAGGCUUGUGGGAACGACCCCCCUCGGAACGAGGCCCCUGGGAACGAGGCCCCUGGGAACGAGGCCCCUGGGAACGAGGCCCCUGGGAACGAGGCCCCUGGGAACGAGGCCCCUGGGAACGAGGCCCCUGGGAACGAGGCCCCUGGGAACGAGGCCCGUGGGAACGAGGCCCGUGGGAACGAGGCCCGUGGGAACGAGGCCGGUGGGAACGAGGCCCCUGGGAACGAGGCCCCUGGGAACGAGGCCCCUGGGAACGAGGCCCCUGGGAACGAGGCCCCUGGGAACGAGGCCCCUGGGAACGAGGCCCCUCUGAACCAGGCCCCUGGGAACGAGGCCCCUGGGAACGAGGCCCCUGGGAACGAGGCCCCUGGGAACGAGGCCCCUGGGAACGAGGCCCCUGGGAACGAGGCCCCUGGGAACGAGGCCCCUGGGAACGAGGCCCCUGGGAACGAGGCCCCUGGGAACGAGGCCCCUGGGAACGAGGCCCCUGGGAACGAGGCCCCUGGGAACGAGGCCCCUGGGAACGAGGCCCCUGGGAACGAGGCCCCUGGGAACGAGGCCCCUGGGAACGAGGCCCCUGGGAACGAGGCCCCUGGGAACGAGGCCCCUGGGAACGAGGCCCCUGGGAACGAGGCCCCUGGGAACGAGGCCCCUGGGAACGAGGCCCCUGGGAACGAGGCCCCUGGGAACGAGGCCCCUGGGAACGAGGCCCCUGGGAACGAGGCCCCUGGGAACGAGGCCCCUGGGAACGAGGCCCCUGGGAACGAGCCCCGUGGGAACGAGGCCCCUGGGAACGAGGCCCCUGGGAACGAGGCCCCUGGGAACGAGGCCCGUGGGAACGAGGCUCGUGGGAACGAGGCUUGUGGGAACGAGGCCCGUGGGAACGAGGCCCGUGGGAACGAGGCCCGUGGGAACGAGGCCCGUGGGAACGAGGCCCAUGGGAACGAGGCCCGUGGGAACGAGGCCCGUGGGAACGAGGCCCGUGGUAACGAGGCCCCUAGGAAGGAGGCCCCUGGGAACGAGGCCCCUGGGAACGAGGCCCCUGGGAACGAGGCCCCUGGGAACGAGGCCCCUGGGAACGAGGCCCCUGGGAACGAGGCCCCUGGGAACGAGGCCCCUGGGAACGAGGCCCCUGGGAACGAGGCCCCUGGGAACGAGGCCCCUGGGAACGAGGCCCCUGGGAACGAGGCCCCUGGGAACGAGGCCCCUGGGAACGAGGCCCCUGGGAACGAGGCCCCUGGGAACGAGGCCCCUGGGAACGAGGCCCCUGGGAACGAGGCCCCUGGGAACGAGGCCCCUGGGAACGAGGCCCCUGGGAACGAGGCCCCUGGGAACGAGGCCCCUGGGAACGAGGCCCCUGGGAACGAGGCCCGUGGGAACGAGGCCCGUGGGAACGAGGCCCGUGGGAACGAGGCCCCCGAGAACGAGGCCCCUGGGAACGAGGCCCCUGGGAAUGAGGCCCCUGGGAACGAGGCCUGUGGGAACGAGACCCGUGGGAACGAGGCCCCUGGGAACGAGGCCCCUGGGAACGAGGCCCCUGGGAACGAGGCCCCUGGGAACGAGGCCCCUGGGAACGAGGCCCCUGGGAACGAGGCCCCUGGGAACGAGGCCCCUGGGAACGAGGCCCCUGGGAACGAGGCCCCUGGGAACGAGGCCCCUGGGAACGAGGCCCCUGGGAACGAGGCCCCUGGGAACGAGGCCCCUGGGAACGAGGCCCCUGGGAACGAGGCCCCUGGGAACGAGGCCCCUGGGAACGAGGCCCCUGGGAACGAGGCCCCUGGGAACGAGGCCCCUGGGAACGAGGCCCCUGGGAACGAGGCCCCUGGGAACGAGGCCCCUGGGAACGAGGCCCCUGGGAACGAGGCCCCUGGGAACGAGGCCCCUGGGAACGAGGCCCCUGGGAACGAGGCCCCUGGGAACGAGGCCCCUGGGAACGAGGCCCCUGGGAACGAGGCCCCUGGGAACGAGGCCCCUGGGAACGAGGCCCCUGGGAACGAGGCCCCUGGGAACGAGGCCCCUGGGAACGAGGCCCCUGGGAACGAGGCCCCUGGGAACGAGGCCCCUGGGAACGAGGCCCCUGGGAACGAGGCCCCUGGGAACGAGGCCCCUGGGAACGAGGCCCCUGGGAACGAGGCCCCUGGGAACGAGGCCCCUGGGAACGAGGCCCGUGGGAACGAGGCCCGUGGGAACGAGGCUCGUGGGAACGAGGCCCGUGGGAACGAGGCCCGUGGGAACGAGGCCCGUGGGAACGAGGCCCGUGGGAACGAGGCCCGUGGGAACGAGGCCCGUGGGAACGAGGCCCGUGGGAACGAGGCCUGUGGGAACGAGGCCCGUGGGAACGAGGCCCGUGGGAAGGAGGCCCCUAGGAAGGAGGCCCCUGGGAACGAGGCCCCUGGGAACGAGGCCCCUGGGAACGAGGCCCCUGGGAACGAGGCCCCUGGGAACGAGGCCCCUGGGAACGAGGCCCCUGGGAACGAGGCCCCUGGGAACGAGGCCCCUGGGAACGAGGGUCGAUGA